AUGAUCGCAAUCGGCCUCGAGAGCUCCGCCAACAAAGUGGGCGUGGGCAUCAUUCUGCAUCCUGAUAACGGCGACACCCCGCAGGUGCUGGCAAACGUCCGUCACACGUACGUGGCCCCCCCCGGCGAGGGAUUCCUGCCGAAGGACACGGCUCGGCAUCAUAGGUACUGGGUGGUCAAGCUCGUCAAGAAAGCCCUGCAGGAAGCGCGGGUAUCCGUUAAGGAUGUCGACUGUAUCUGCUACACCAAGGGACCCGGCAUGGGUGCCCCCCUGCAAAGCGCCGCGAUCACAGCUCGCAUGCUGAGCCUGUUAUGGAGCAAGGAGCUGGUCGGUGUUAACCACUGUGUCGGCCACAUUGAGAUGGGCAGGGCGGUCACCGGCGCCUUGAACCCUGUUGUUCUAUACGUGUCGGGAGGAAACACACAGGUUAUCGCUUACAGUUCACAACGGUACCGGAUAUUUGGGGAAACGUUGGAUAUGGCAGUGGGGAACUGUCUUGAUCGGUUCGCCCGCACAUUACGGAUCUCCAACGAUCCGGCGCCAGGGUACAACAUCGAACAGCUCGCGAAGAAAGGGAAGCGGCUCGUCGAUCUACCUUACACUGUCAAGGGAAUGGACAUCUCCAUGUCCGGGAUCUUGGCCGCAAUCGAUUCUCUAGCGGUAAGUUACGGUCUAGACCGGGAAGCGAAGGAAGGGGAAGGCGACGAUGUCCCCACGCUGGAUGCUGAAGGGAAUCCCAACCCAACACGCGCCGACCUGUGCUUUUCCCUCCAGGAGACCGUCUACUCGAUGCUGGUGGAGAUCACCGAGCGGGCCAUGGCUCAUGUUGGCUCAAAACAAGUGCUGAUCGUCGGCGGUGUUGGGUGCAACGAGCGGCUCCAGGAAAUGAUGGGCAUCAUGGCUCGCGAUCGCGGGGGCAGUGUUUUCGCUACUGACGAACGUUACUGCAUCGAUAACGGUAUCAUGAUCGCACAGGCUGGCCUCCUGGCUUAUAAGGCGGGAUUCCGGACGCCACUGAGUGAAUCGACCUGUACACAGCGAUUCCGUACGGACGAUGUCUUUGUCGGAUGGAGAGACUAG